AUGGCAUUCCGCGAUAUUGUCGCGAGCGGGAGCUUUGCCGCCUAUGCUCUGCGACACCCUUUGGAGGGCCUGUCGAGUUUUGGGCCGACUCUCAAUGAAGCAACACUCGGACUGCUUGGGUCUUCCUUCAAUCCGGACCGGGAUAUUUCUGGGAUUGAAGGGAAGACGGUUGUAGUCACUGGAGGCAAUGCCGGCAUUGGCAGAGAGACCAUUCUCCAGCUCGCGAAGCACCGACCAACCCGGAUCUAUCUCGCCGCGCGCACGGAGAGCAAAGCGCGAGCCGCGAUGGCCUUCAUCCAGGCACAACUCCCUUCCCCAGCCGACAUCCGCUACAUCCCGCUGGACCUAUGCUCCUUCAAGUCGAUCCGUGCGGCAGCAGACAUGAUCCAAGCCGACAGCGAUCGGCUAGAUAUCCUCAUUUUGAAUGCAGGAACGAUGGGCAAUCCGCCCACCACGACAGAGGAUGGCUUCGAGAUUCAACUAGGCUCGAAUCAUGUGGGUCACUUCUUGCUCACGAAACUGCUUCUGCCGAUGCUGAAGAAGACGGUUGCCGACCUCCGUGCGAGUGGGCAGACACCUGAUGUGCGCGUUCUGAGCUUAGCCUCCGUCGCGCAUGUGAUGAGCCCCACUUCGCUCGAGGAGAUGACAUCUACGCCUGAUCUGUUGGCGGGCAGUACCUGGACCCGAUAUGGUGCAUCCAAGGCGGCGAACAUUCUGUUUGCCGCGGAGCUGGCGCGACGGCAUCCAGAGCUUCUUUCGGUGGCGGUGCACCCAGGGGCUGUGAAUAGUGAUUUGUAUUCGCAUGCAAGAUCGAGCGGUGCGCUGAUGAAACAGGGGGUGAACGUGGCGACGUCGUAUUUCUUCCGCAACGUAUCUAGCGGGGCUUUCAAUUCUCUCUGGGCGGCCACUGCCCCAAGAUCAAACCUAGUUAAUGGGGCUUAUUAUACCCCAGUUGGGUAUCGCAGUAAUGGCACUGCGUUUGUCCAAAAUGUCGAUGUUGCUCGUGGGCUUUGGGAGUGGACUGAGGCUCAGAUUGCCGAGCGGAGUUGA